UAAUUUAAAAGUUGAACAAUUAUUAAAAUAUUAUAUUAUUCAAAAUUUAUAUGAAUUUCAAAAGGAAAUAGAACAUAAAAUAGAACUUGUUACAUAUGAUUAUCAAAUAGAAGCUAUCAAACAAGAAUUUAAUCGUCAAAAUUCAACUGAAUAUCAAAAAAAACUCAUGAAACAAUUAUGUCUAAAAAGAGACGAAAAAGAAACAACAGAACAAGAAUUAAAAUUCCUACAAGAACGUAUCGAUCAUUUUAAUGCACCGGAUCAAUCAUUUGAACAUUCAGCUAUAAUCGAUUCUAUUGAAAAUAUUGAAAUACGACAACAAUUACAGCAACAAUAUCGAAAAAUAAUUCAACAAGCCAAAACUGAUUUUUAUUUUUUAAGUUUACAAACAGCUGAAGAACAACGAACUAGAGCUAGAUUGAAUUAUGACAAUGAAGUUAAUAAAAUGUAUUCCAUUCAUCAUAAUGCAUUUGAUUUCACCAUAUUACCAUUAAAAAUGAUCGAUUUAAUUCAAGAACGUUGUCGAAUGAUAGGUGAACUUACGAAGAAAAUAAUGUUCAAGAACAAUAAACUUGAUGAUUAUCUUGGUAUUUAUCCAACUACUCGAGAAUAUCAACUUUGGAUGUUGAAUCCAUAUGAUAAAAAUGGCAAAGAAAUACUAUUUCAAGGAAUUAGAUAUUGUACUGAUGAUGAUGCAUGUCAAUGUAGAAGAUGUAAAAAAAAUCGAAUAAAUGAAUGGCCUUAUGAACGAUCAUUAUGUGCAAAUCUUUUAUAUUUAACUGGCAUACAUAUCAAUGAUAUUAAUUACAAUGAAAUCAUCAAAUUUGAAGAAACUGUAGUCUCCGAUUAUCUACGACAUAUUGGUGAAUUUUGGAAAUAUAUUACUGGAUUAUGUUUAUUAGCUGGUGAAAAUGGCAUUGAAAUAUUACGUCAAUUCAAUAAUGGAUUAUUUGACAAACCAUUUGUAUAUCAUCGUCGACUUCAUAAACCUUGUCGGAAUAUUCCACAUCCGAAAAGAAAUAAAAAAAUAAUUAAAUAUUGUAAACAAAAAUAUAGAAUAUUACAUGAAAUUUUUGAAAAUUGA